AUGCCAUUGACCAGAAAGAAGAAGCAGGAAGAAACAAAAAGAUAUCACGAUUAUUGGUACCCGCCCAAGAAAGAAACUCGGCCCUACGAUGACCCUGAACGAGACGCCAAGAAGAUGAGGAAGACAAAGAAGAUAUUGGUUUCUCUAGGCUUGGACGAAACACCCGCGAAUCCCGCACCCGGACAUCAACCCUUUUUGGAGAGCGAACCUUGUGGAUCGAAGCAAAUCUCCCAGAAAAGACAUCCUACCCCGGAAACAUCAGAGGACGAAUUUUUUGAUGCACUUGAAGAGCAACCAGCGACACCUGAGCAGAGAAAUGAGUUUCGACCAAAGAACACAUCCACCCCAACUGUGCCACGAGUAGUCCAAGAUUAG